AUGACGGCUGCUGAUCAGACGGACCCGACGAUGGCAUCGUCGCAGAGAUUAUUCAAGGUCAUGUGGGCCGCAGAGGGCGGCAACGACUGUGCUGCAAGGCUGGGUCGUCUCUCACUUCCAGGUCGCAAGGCGAUAGAUACACCCAACUACACAGGCUUUGCAUCACGAGGCACCAUCCCUCAUCUGACGCCGGAUGUCCUAUCAAAGCACUCCUCUCUGUCAUCAGCCUACAUGGCUCUCGAAGACUUCUUGGACAAGAAGGACCCGCCGAUACUCAAGACACCAGCCCACGAUGCGCUGCACGCCUUCACCUCUUUUCCGCGCCAUGUCUCCACCAUCAUGGGAGCGCGACGUGUGCCUGCUGUGGUACCGCCCGCUGGAAAUACAGACAAGAAUAUCGGCAUCUACACGUCAACAGGCUUCGCCUCCAUCACUGUGGCCAAGUACGCCUCGGCCAUCGAGAAGCUGCAUCCCGAUAUAGUGAUCCCACUAGCAGAAAUGCUGCACACGAGUUCCAACCCCGUAUUCAAGAAGCAGCUCAGGAUGGCUGAACGCACUGAGGGGUGGGUGGAUGAGUUCCUUGGGCUGCUGGACAUGACGGUCACCGACGUGUCAGUGUUUGCGCCCAUACCACCUGUCGAGCAUCCGAUCCAGUGGAGCUACCUGAAUCAUCUGUCAGAGGACCUGGCAGAGAAGCUGUCCGGGCUGGCGAUAUACGACGUGAACAUGCUGCCGGAGCUGGCCGCCUACAAGCCUCUGGCGCAACUUCCCAGGCUCUCGCUCGAUAUCCCCCAGUCACCCCGAGCUAUUCUCCGGCAGAUACUGCUGGGCGUGGACAUGGUCAUGGUCCCGUUCGUAAACGGCACAUCCGACGCCGGCAUCGCGUUGACAUUCACGCUCCGACCACCGAAAAGCGAUGCCACCGCGUGCAGGCAGGUCCUGCCUCUCGGCGUGGACAUGUGGUCUGACGAGCACAGAACGUCGCUCGCACCACUGGCGGAGGGGUGCCGGUGCCACACGUGCCAGCGCCAUCACAGAGCCUACGUGCAUCACCUGCUCAAUGCUAGGGAGAUGCUGGGCUGGAACCUGCUGCAGAUCCACAACCACCACGUCGUCGACGAGUUCCUGAAAGCCAUCCGCGAGACGCUACGGAGUGGUGGUGGGGCGGGAACCGGGACGUCGGAGCUGGAGGCCGCGAGCCGCCGAUUUGAAGCUUCGUACGAGCCAGAGCUCCCCGAGGGGACCGGGCAGCGACCACGUGCGCGGGGAUACCACUUCAAGAGCCAGGCUGGACAGGAAAGGUACAACAAGCCAUCGUGGCAAGGGCUGGGCGGCGUCGAGCCGGGGCAGCAGGUCAGCGAGACACCUCCGCCCGUGCCGGAGGGCAGUGGACAGACGCUAGCCGAGAAGGGCUUUGCGCAAAAGGAAGCCAGCAGUCGAUAG